AUGAAAGUAAUUGUAUCAGCUGAUGACACUGGAUCAGCUAAGGAAGUGAUUUGCAAUGAAGGUACAGAUACAUCAAAACAAAAUGCCACUCAACCGAUAUCUAUUGACAAUUGUUUAUUAGAGCCCUCAGGAUCAGUAAAGUCAAGAAUCAUCCAUUUCCUCAGUUUCAACUAUCAAUUUUUGAUAGGGGCCAGACUUGGAGGACAAGUUUCUGUUUACGAAUUGAGCGACGAAGAGUCAGACGAAAAGUUCAAAUUAUUACACAACUUUGAAUUGCCUGUUGACGUUCAAGAUAAGCCCAUUGCAUUACUAAGAGUGGAGAUUUUGGAUAGUAUACUUGUUGCUUUUGAAUCUUCAAAGCUUUUUUUAAUACACAUUAAUGAAUCCUUCAACUUUAAGCCACUUGAGCUUGUGCUUCCAGAAUACAAGCCAAUUAGUGCAUUUGCAAUCAAUCCACAAGCGGAAAACAUUGUGGCAUUAGGAGGAAAGGAACACGAUCUUCAAAUACUACAACUAUUUAACAAAAACGUCAACAGUACAGUUUUCAAAAAGAAAAAUUACGAAAACGAAUUUAAGCCAGAAAUCAUCUUCAGAGCAAAAAAUGUCAGAAAUGAUCACCUAGAUUUGAGAGUCCCAAUAUGGAUAACAAAUAUUUUAUUUGCCAAGGCAGAGAAGGGAUACAAACUUAUCACAUCAACAAGAUAUGGCCAAAUUAGAUUAUACGAUACAGCAGAAGGAAGGAAACCUAGAAAGGAUUACCAAAUAACAGAAAAACCAAUAUUAACCUUAACAUUUGCUAACGACGAACAGACGGAAAUCAUUGUCACUGACACGCACAGCCUUAUAGCAAAAUAUUCAUUAACUCAAGUGGAUGACAAAGGAUUCAAGACCAUAUCUGCUUCUGCAGGCGAAAUAGUUAAACCAGUACCAAAAUUGUUGGGCAAAUUCACCGGCGGAAACACAGGAGCGACAUUUGGGGUACAUGUGUAUGAAAGGAUAGCCGCCUUUGCUGGAUUGGAUAGAUAUUUGAGAGUGUUCGAUUUGGAAUCUCGUGAAAUAUUGGCCAAAGUCUAUCUUGGUGUCGAAGCUUCAGCAUUAUUGAUAUUGGACGAUGAAGACACAGAGGACGAAGAAACGAAAAAGCGUAAAAGAGAAGAUGAAGAGGACGAUGAAGAAUUAUGGAAUCAAUUGGAUACUAAAAAGAAAACAAAUACUAUAUAG